AUGGUCCGCAUCAUCCCUGGGCGACUCAAGUCGAGCUCUUCCCUUCGCAACAGCCGCAGCAGCAGUCCGACAAGAAACAGUAGCAACGGCAGCAGCACGACCAGCAAGAUGGGAGAUCUCAGCCCAAAGGAAAAUGGCUUGACCUUGAAGGUCGUCAUUUUGAAGGCUCGAAACCUUGCAGCCAAAGAUAGAAGCGGCACAUCCGACCCGUACCUUGUUGUGACCCUCGGCGACGCCAAAGUUACCACCCACGAGGUGCCAAAGACCCUCAACCCCGACUGGAACGUCAUCGAAGAACUCCCCGUAAACUCGACUCAGUGUCUCCUCCUCGAUGUGAUAUGCUGGGACAAGGACCGCUUCGGCAAGGACUAUCUCGGCGAGUUCGACCUCGCCCUCGAGGAGAUCUUUGCCGACGAGCAGAAUGAGCAACCUCCCAAGUGGUACCCCCUCAGGAGCAAGAGACCUGGCAAGAAGACGAGUGUCGUGUCUGGCGAGGUCAUGCUACAAUUCACCCUUUUCGACCAGUCCAACACCGCCGCCACCCGCGAGCAGAUCUUUGAAAAAUUCUACGCCCUCGUUAGCCAGCUUCCUGCCGGGUCUAGACAGAUCACGCCCACCAUGACUCCCCUCAUCCAGCCUGUUCGGAACAUGAGCGUUCACAGCGGAACCGACUCCUCGCCGCCGUCAUCUCGCAACCAAACCGAUGCCGACCAGGAAGAGGAGGAGGACGACGACCUUGAUAUCGAAGAUGAUACCCCCGAGGACGAGGAUCCCAGCAAACCCGAAGUCGCCGAAAAGCGCAGGCGUCGUCUGAGGAUCAAGGGGUUGAAGAAGAAGAAGAGGGACCAGGCGUACGCAUUCAAUAACAGCGGAGGCGAUGUCGUGGGAAUCAUCUAUCUCGAGGUUCUGAACAUCACAGACCUGCCUCCCGAGCCCAACUCGACCCGUUUGACGUUCGACAUGGACCCUUUCGUAGUCGCAUCCCUCGGCAAGAAAACGUACCGAACGAAACGAGUGCGGCACAACCUGAACCCCGUCUUCAACGAGAAGAUGAUCUUCCAGGUACAGGGCCACGAGCAAACGUACUCGUUCUCCUUUACCGUAAUGGAUCAUGACAAGUACUCCGGAAACGACUUCAUCGCCGACUGCACCCUACCCAUCAGGGAGCUCAUCGACAAGGCCCCCAAGGCGGAUCCCGAAACUGGUCUGUACGACGUACCCGAGCCUCACGAAUACGUGCCUCCGCAACAGCGCCGCUUCAAGAAGCUCGCCAUGUCUCGCACAUCUUCUUCCCAGAGUCUGAGCAAGGCCCGGCCCGUCUUGUCCAAGAAUGCUAGCAGCGCUUCGACGACGACGGCAGCGCCGAGCGGGACGUUGACCCCAACGCCUGCCGUUCAGGGUUCGACUCUCAACCCGGAGUUCUUGUCUCCCGAGCAAGCUUUGGCUGGAGCGGGGGCUCAGACUGCCGAGUUGGAGGCCGAGGAUGCGGAUUUCAACGAAUUCAGCAUUGCCCUGAAGAUGAAGGAUGCCAAGAAGUGGGAGGAUAAGCAUAAUCCUGUGCUUUACAUCCGCGCCAAAUACGUGCCGUACCCCGCUCUUCGCCAGCAGUUCUGGAGGUCUAUGCUCAAGCAGUAUGACACCGAUGAGAGCGGCCGCAUCAGCAAGAUCGAGCUGACCACGAUGCUGGACACCUUGGGAUCAACACUGCACGAGUCGACCAUUGACAGCUUCUUCCAGCGGUUCCCUCAUCGCGCACAGGGCGAGGACAUGUCCGAUCUCACGUUCGACGAGGCUGUGAUUUGCCUCGAAGACCAGCUGGAAGCCAAGAGCCGGCCACAGCUCACCGUUGGAGAUAGGGUGAAGGGUAUGUUGCCAGACGCCGAGAGAGUCAAGAACCUGCUUUCUGGCCACGACAACAACAACUCCGGGUCAAACGGUCUGUCAACGGAGGCGUCAAGCUCCGACAGCACCAUCAACGUACCAGAGCUCAGCACGCCUGGGGAAGAGGGCGAUCUGCUCGACCGGGAUGAUUUGGCAGAAGACCGUUCUGGCGAGGAGCACGUCGUCGAGAUCAGAGAAUGCCCAAUCUGCCACCAACCUCGCCUCAACAAGCGCAAGGACACCGACAUCAUCACUCACAUUGCUACGUGCGCGAGCCAAGACUGGCGGCAGGUCAACAACCUCGUCAUGGGCGGUUUCGUCACUGCCAGCCAAGCGCAGCGUAAGUGGUACUCCAAGGUCAUCACCAAGAUCUCUUACGGUGGAUACAAGCUUGGCGCCAACUCGGCCAACAUCCUCGUCCAGGACCGCAUAACUGGGCAGAUCAACGAGGAGAAGAUGAGCGUCUACGUGCGACUCGGCAUCCGUCUCCUGUACAAGGGGCUGAAGUCGAGCAACAUGGAGACCAAGAGGAUCCGCAAGAUGCUCAAGAGCAUGAGCGUCAAGCAGGGUAAGAAGUUUGAUGACCCGGCCUCGAAGGCCGAGAUUCCAAAGUUCAUCGAGUUCCACCGGCUUGACAUGUCCGAGGUGCUCCUGCCAGUGGAGGAGUUCAAGAGCUUCAACGAGUUCUUCUACCGAGCUCUGAAGCCCGGGGCACGACCAUGCUCCGCCCCCGACCGUCCCGAUGUUGUCGUCUCCCCGGCCGACUGCCGCAGUGUAGUGUUCAACAGCGUCACCCAGGCGACCAAGGUCUGGGUCAAGGGCCGCGAGUUCUCCAUCAAGCGGCUGCUUGGGGACGCCUACCCCGACGACGUGAAGCGUUUCGAGAACGGAGCUCUUGGCAUCUUCCGUUUGGCGCCGCAAGACUACCACCGCUUCCACAUCCCUGUCGACGGUGUCUUGGACAAGCCGAAGACGAUCGCAGGAGAGUACUACACAGUCAACCCCAUGGCCAUCCGUUCGGCGCUCGAUGUUUAUGGCGAGAACGUCAGGGUUCUGUGCCCCAUUGACAGCCCGGUGCACGGUCGUGUCAUGGUCAUCUGCGUCGGCGCCAUGAUGGUCGGCAGCACGGUCAUCACCGCCAAGGAAGGCACCCAGGUGAAUCGUGCCGAUGAACUUGGAUACUUCAAGUUCGGCGGCAGUACCAUCGUGUUGUUGUUCGAGCCGGGCAAGAUGAAGUUCGACGACGACCUGGUGGACAACUCGAACGGAGCUCUCGAGACGCUGAUACGCGCCGGCAUGUCUGUUGGACACGCACCCGAUCAGCCGCAAUGGGGCCCCGACAUGCGCAAAGACGCAAAGGACGUGACAGACGCUGAGAAGAAAGAUGCCAAGCGUCGCAUCGGCGGUAACAUUGGCGGAGAGGAAUCUUCCAGCGGCGAGGAGACGUCCGACACCCACGCAGACCUAGGCACGCACGCCGCGUCGGCCAUGUAG